AUGGAUGCUGUUCGUGGUCGCCACGACGACGCGCUCGAGUCUAUAAAGCGGGCUCUACUUUCAAGAUCUGGUGGACAGACAGACCAGGUAGAGCUUUGUGUCAAUCAAACGGUGCGUGGACUAGCGGGGCCGGGUUCGCGGCCAGCUCUGCACCUGUUCAACCACAGCAGGAAGAUAGUUGCUGUGGUAUAUUUGGCCAUGGCGGUUGAAGACAAACAGCUGAAGAUGCUGGAAGCUCUGCUCUUGCGCGUGUGGCUGCACAGAAGCGCACCCACUGUGUCAAGCGACACCUAG